UAUUAUUAUUAUUCGUUCAGAAGUUAAUAUAAAAAAAGCGGUCUACUUGAGCCUUUUUUUCUUUUUAUAGCCUCUAAGUCAACGUAAUAGUAUUUCCUUUACUUGACAUAUUCAUAUAGACUUUGCAUUACAUCUUUUUUUUUCUGUCAACUAUUCAGGUAAGCAAUACAACUUGAGAUACGAACCGCCCUAACUUCUUAUCCAUCAAAAAAUAAAAACAGGAAAAUGUACGACUUUGCCUACAGCCGUAACGUCUACGUCGCGAGCCUUCCUCACGAUUACACGAACGAUCAGCUCCGCGAGCUUUUUGCGCGCUUUGGCAAAGUGAUCUCGUGCACCGUUAAACGAGAUAAGGUGACCGGGAUUGGCAAGGGCUACGGAUUCGUCCUUUUCGAAAAGGACGAGGACGCGUGCAACGCGGUGAUUGGGCUCCAGAGGCAUUCGAUUAAUCACACGCGAAUUCAGGUUCGCCUCGCUCGCCCAGAGGCGUCCGCGAAGAAGAUCCUUCCCGUGAUUGCACAGCAGUAUACCUUGCAGACCUACCAGCCGUGCUAUAUUAUGAUGAUUCCACCUCGUAAUUCAAACUCCCAGCCGGUUUUUGGUCAGUAAGGAAGGCAUAGAAAGGAGAAAAAAUAUUUUUGAAAGUAACCAAGAAAGGAGUUUAAGAUUUUGUUUUUAUUACUUUGUUAUUGUUAUUGUUACUUUUCUUUUUUAUUAUAAUUACCAUUAUUAUCUAUGUGCUUGAUUUGUUGUUUAUAUCUUCACGGGUCAACUAUAAUAUUUCCAACUUUUAAAAAAGAAAUUCCGGAAUGGGUUCACAAACCAAAAAAAAAAAGUAGACAUCUACCUGAUGAAAUGGUAGGAAACGAAAAGGGGAGGGAAAAUGAAAAAAAAUAACUUAUACCUUAGUAGAAACAGAUUGAGAAAAAAAGAAAAAGUGUGCUAGCUAUGAUUUGGAGAUCAAACGUAGAGAAAGGAGCAAUUAAAUAAUCGAUCGUGUCGAGUGAUGCAACCUAUAUUCCAUAAAGUCCAUUAUCUUAAGGGAUUCACUUAUGCUUAAAAGUAUAAAAAAUGGUUUCGAAAUAAAAUGAGAAAGUUUGACUAUUUUGCGACAUUUGGGAGUGACUUUAACGAUGAAAUCUAUUCUAUGAACUUAA